UCUUCAAUAGCUGUCAUUCUCUCAAAAGCAUCACUUGUUUGUGAUGUGUCAACAAUUGUCAUAACACUGAAGAGUGGUUGUUCGUACAGUAAAUCAAUGCACUACAGUUCUCCAAUGUCAAUCUCUGCUGAGAGUUGGCUGCAUGGGGACCCAGAAGAUUCAUAUGGUUUCAAACUCUUAAAACAGUUGCCGGUAAACUACAGGCCUCCAUCUAAACUGGGAAUAGCUGUUCCACUCACUGAUAACUUUUAUAAUGCUGACCCCAGCAAACCUAGAAUGAGAGAUUAUUUUUCAGGAUCAAAAAAUUCUGGAGCCUACAAACAGUGUGCUAACAAGUCAACUCGAGCAGAAUGCAACUGCAAUGAAAAUGAAAAACUUUCCUUUUUUGUUGCUUUCUCAGACUGCAAGGAAAAGGCUUUGAGGAUGAAGUAUCCAGUUACAAAGCUUCCAGUCCAGUUCAUGGUUGGCAGUGAGAAUGGAUAUACACCACUGGUAUCUCCUUUUUUUGUCACAGUCACAGAAGUUAACCAUAGGACAAACUGGGAAGUUGCAGGUACCAAGGAUACACCAGGCAUGUUAAAAAUGAGAGCAUAUUUAGCACAUAAAAUCAACAAUACACUGUAUAAUCCAGAAACCUUGGCCUUAAACAUAUAUGGGUCUGAGCUUUUUCAUUUCAGGGUAGCAACUAUUCCUGGAGUCUCCUUUUGUAAUCUGCUUGAUGAAUUUCAGAUUUAUGUUGAUGAUGCUCCUUUGGCCUUUCCAGGACAAUAUCUUGUUAGCACAGUAACAGCUGUGAUUGUAGGAGGCAUCAUCUUUGUAGCAUUUAUUAUGCAAAUGUAUGAAAUAAACAUAUGGAAAAAAGUGAAAAGUAAAGUGAGAAAACAAAACAAAGUAUCAGUAUCUGAAACCUCAGCAGCUGCUACUUCUAUUUCUUCCAGCAAAAGCACCUCUAGAUGAAAUACAAGGUUACAGCCAAUAGCAUGUUACGCCAUCCACUUUUAUUAAAUCUAUGUCUUACUUACAUUUCCCAAGUAGUACCUUAAAAGUAAUUUCCUAUUUAGUAUGGUUAUGUUAUCAGUCUUCCUUUACUGAUAUUUUUACAUAUUCAACUUUUCCAUCAGAAUUUGAUUUCUUUGUAAAUGUAUGUAUUAAAAUCUGUAGCAAAAUAUAUUCAUUUACAAAUUAUUUUAUUGGGAUACUGUUUUCAAAUAUUAUAAAGAACGUAGUUUGUUUGUACUCAGUAACACAAGUAAGAGUGUUACAUCUAGCCAUACUGAUCUUCUCUUUAUUGAUUAUCUUAUGAUUGUCUCUAACAUCUUGCAGCAACAAAAAGCAUUGUAACACUUACCUACAUGCAGUCUUUAUUUGUAACACAGUUCCUGAAAAUUAAUUUAGACAAAUAUUUGAGAGAAUGUUUAAAUGUUAAGUGAAAUUUGUAUAGAAUAGUAUUUUGUGUGAUUAAAUACUGCAGUGUGGUUCUAGUCAAAGCAUAAAUCACUUAAGCUUGUUGAUUCUGGCUAUUAAAAGGCAGACACAU